AUGGUGCUAUGCUCAACAAGGAAGACGGAAGGAAGGAGCCAGGACUGGGGUACCUCGCCCUGCUGCGGUCCAAACUGUCUGCGACGAAAUUGCAAAUGGCUAAAUACUUUUAUCGUUGGCACUCUCGUCUGUCUUCUAAUCACCACUCGACAAUUUCCCGAGACCUCGCCCAGCAUCAACGUGAGCCAUCAUAUUCACAGCCCAGCUUCUUUCUUUGACAUUAUUGAAUACGACAGGUUCCUCUUCCCUUUCCAUAAUAUCCAAGGAGCAGACGGGCUCCAAUAUGUCACAAUCGAGUGGGCUAACUAUACGUUCCAGCAUGGCUUGAGUCGGCAGCAUAUCGUGGAUCCGUUCGGAGUCAGUGCGAAAUUCCACCGGCGCUACGUUAGCGAGUAUGCUGUCGAUGACCCUCUGCAGCAGCAGCGUCAGCUACAAGCAUACGAGCCGGUGCUGACAGCCAUAUCAGCAGAUGGGGCUCUAACUGGCAUCCUUGCGCAUCACUGCCCGAUGCAAGAUCGGCUAGAAGAAGACAACCUCGAAAACAAACCGGUCGCCGACCCUCUAGUACCUAGGAACUACAUCUGCUUCAUAGAGUUGCGGGUCUACGACAAUAAGAAAGGCCAAUUUCUUGGCAGAUACGACUACGCUCUGCCAGGCAAAGAUACACGCAUUAUGGGCUUCUCCCUCCACGCCCCCGAAGAAGGAGCAACACGCUUGAGCCAGUACCGGUUAACGAUGCUCUCAUGGAACCGGUAUCCUGCAGACUACGAAGUAUGCCGUUGCAAAGACGACACCGGUUGUAUUUUGGAACCGUGGUCUGCAGUCUGCCAUCGUAACCAAUUCAGCCUUGCCAAGAGCGACGUAUACGUGUGGAGUAGUUGGAUUGGACUAUGUCAUCGGAGGCGCAAAGAAUGUGAUCUUUCUCUGUGCGUCGAAGACUGCAGCCAUAUCACUAUUCCGACGAACUCACGGUGGUCCUGCACUCCCGCUGCCGACGCGGCGGAUUGCUGGGAGGUGCCAGCGAUCCCAGGAACACUGGGGGGUCGUGCCUCUGUCGCUGCUGUUUGGCUGGAGCCCACGGAAGCUCCCCAGGACUUGGACAAAGAGUUCAAGAGGCCCACUCAGCCGUGGCAAAACUCCAUCAUUUUGUAUCCAGACAACCCGUACUUCAAUCGGGCACAUAUGUUUAAGUGCUCUCAGGGCGGCAAAGCAGCCCACCGCGGCAUCUUCCAGGUGGACGUGGGCGCAACCUUUGAAAAUACUCGAUUUCCCAGGACGGCGCGGGUACUUCGGAGCUGUUCCCUUCGGGAGUACGAGGAUGGAAGUCCGCCUACAAUCUUGGAACUUCCUGCAGGGGAGGGGGCCUGCGGUGGAUGCGAGUCUUGGGGGGUCGUGACGGAUACGAGGUGCACUGGGUUCACAUCUUGGUGCGUCGCAUCCUACGGAUCACGGACUCCGGGGAUCUAUCUGAAUGGGAAGUUCGAGAGAGAAGGCACCAUGUUUCUCAACACAUGGGAUUUAGCCGGGUACGCGUCGCGAGAGCUGGGCGACUACCGCUACGCGAAUCUUAGAGCUGCUCAAGUGUUUAGCGUUGAGUCCUCUACAGGGGACAACAGUUUCACCUCCCUUAUGUUCGAUAUCUUUUACGUCAUCGACUUCCUGACGCCAUCACACCAUAUGCGGUGGGGGCCCGUUGCCAUGUCCGAGUUGCGCGUUGCAAGGUGCCAACAGAAGGAAGAAAACAUGAGGGUGAGUUUCACUUUGCUAAAACACGAUACUCUGCGUAGAGCUUGGGCUCCUGAAAUUCUGAAUCUCCAAGCCUUCAAGGAAAUAUCUGGCGUCGUUAUCUUUUCGGAGGACACCAUAGAGCAAACAAGUUCUUUCAUGAUCUACAAUCAGGAGACCCUUGGAAUUGCGUCGACGUUCGAUACGGUCAUAAGCCCAGUCGCAUCUCUUGCCACUGGGAGCAGAUCCUACGGAAAUCGCUGGGUGAAGGCAACCGGCUCGGGGGCGAACAGCCUCAGCCCAGCAGCCGCAGUGCGUCUUGGACAAAUGACCCCGAUUGAUAACGAAGUUACGGGGGGACAAAUUUGGGCAGGCCCGCGGUUCACUGACGAACUCUCGAAGAAACCGCGCCACGCGCUUGCCAUGACGGCCCAGCUGUUAAAAACGUGCUCACAUAGCCGGCUCGAGCCGACCUUUGAGACCGCCCCAUGUGUUGAAACGUGCCACAAAGGUCUGGUUUUCAAGUUAUUGGAUGGGGCUGAGACUGAGCCGAGUUGCAAGACUUUCGCGCGCCACGGCCAACUUGUGCUCUUCCCCUGCUCCAACGGAAAUUGUUCAUACGUACCUUUCAAGCUUCCUCAGCCAGCUUCCGAGAGCUUCACUUCCGCAGUCUUAUCCGCUGCUGUGGACAAGAACGUCCUUACAUCAGGACCAACGUUUGCCGGGAACACCUCCACUAGCUCCACAUUCCAUUUUGAGGGGCUUGCUGACGUAUGGGAGAUUAUAGCGGUAUUCGAAAGAAAAGUCAGUCAGCAAAGAGAUGACCUCUUUUUCAUUUUCCAUCACACCAAGGGGCAGGAAGCGGUCCGGCUGAAAGGAGGGAUUGGAGGCGACCUUGCCGUCCCCCUGGCAGGCCCACUCCAGAAAGGCCUCUACGAAGCGAAGGACGGUGCCGUCUACAAGUGGAGCGAAAUGGAUGUUCGUGGUGUCAGGUCAAUAUCCGUCCGCUACAGAACAAAAGGGGACUACCCGGCGACUCUGCGGGAGAUCCAACUCAAAGGGAAGGUGGAGAAUUGCCCUUCCCAUGGGUUCUUUGCCGACUCUUCCUGCCCGCUUGUCGAGUUUCGCCCCACCAGCGUUGAGGAGUUGGACUGCCAGGGAGAGUGGGGUGAGUGGUCGAUGUGUGACUACCAAUGCAGGAGUACGAGGUUUUUCACAAUAAAGAGGAAACCACGACUUGGCGGAAAGCCAUGUCUCCUCUUUGAGAAGAGGCCAUGCGAAGGUCGACCCUUUUGCGACACGAGGCAUUAUCGGCACAACGACGGACACUACAUCGGGCCUGACAUUCUUUUGCAGAACAAACGACGGGACUGCAAGACACAUCUGAGCGAGUGGUCAGACUGUGUGAAUUGCAGGCAGCUUCGCUACACGCACAUUAUCAUGCAUGCAGCACUUGACGGUAACGCGUGCCCAGAAGAGCGGUUCGAGAUGCGAUUUUGUAACCCUGCUUGCGAGCAGUGGUUUCUCCAAGGGGCCGCCUCAACGCCCGCGCCUGUGACAACAAAGUGGACAACCAGAUCGACAAGGCGCACGACGCGAGUCUUCACACGGACCACAUCUACAAAAGAGGGGCCUGCCACGCUGGGAGGCAUGGCAUGGUACUACAUCGUCGCUAUCGCAGCGAUAAAUCUAUGCGUGGUCCUUACCAUUUUGGGGACAGCCUGGUGCAUGGUGCAGCGGCGCCAUAAAAAGCUCUCAGAUGAGAUGCAGCAGCAAGAGUCCAGAGAACUAGCUGAAGCUGAGGAAGAGGCAAGGAGAGCUGAGGCAUCUGCGCUUGCUGCGCAGAUGGCUGCAAGUCGAGCCACGACAGAUAUUAACCCACUGAAGGGCCGACCCUCUGCACGGCACGAGGAAAGAGAUGUUACAAUACAUUUCACAAAGUACUCGUCUGCAACUUUCAAACAACGGGCAAAUAAUACCAAGAAACGUAAAAGCAGAAAGCACAAUGUUGAGGCUGCAGUUCUACGCGCACCGUGUUCACGAGAAGACCUGUUUGAACCCUUGCCAUGA